AUGUCUAAACCUCUUAUGCCCAAUGUGAAUGAUAAGUUUGAUUCUCUGGAAGCUUUCGAAGAUGCUGCAAGAUUAGCUGCUAAGUAUGAAGGGUUUGCAUUUUCAAGAAAAGAUAGCAACCUUACCGGGUGUAAAGGAAAAUCGCUCUUUGUCGUUUUGCAAUGCACAAAAGGUGGAGAGUGGAAAAAUUGUUGGAAUAUAACAGAGGAGACUAGUAAAAGGAAGAAAACUACUAAACGCGAAGGCUGCCCUGUAUAUAUUAGAGCCACUGCAACAAAAUGCCAUUCGACUACAAGUGUUUUAAAUACUGAAGUAAAAUGGAUUGUCACGAAGGCUGUACUCGAACAUAAACACACAAUGCUUGAGUUGGAUGAGGUUGCAACUUUUCCACAAUACCGUGCUAUGAGCCUAAAUCAGAAAAAUCUGGUACAACAGUUGCAUGAUAAUAAUGCACCAACUCAUGUUAUAACAGCAGCUGUUAAUAAGGUUAUUAAUGGUGGUAUUAUUCUCUCAAAAGACAUUGUGAAUGAACGUGCACGUAUUAGGCUUGCUUUGAAUGAAGGUUAUAAUAACGAUUCUACUCAGAUACUACUAAGGCUUCUUGAAGAACGUGAUUAUAUGGUUGUGGCACAUAAAACAACAAAAGGAUAUCUAACUCACCUUUUCUUUUCACAUGUUGAAGCUGCUAAGUGCGUUGCCAAAUGCCCGGAGGUUCUUAUUGUGGAUGCUACAUACAAAACAAAUAUUUACAAAUAUCCGCUUGUUAGUGCUGUUGGAAUAAAUAACAUUAGUAAUGAGAAAGGUGUACUAGCAUCUUAUCAAAUCGCAAUGGCCUGGAUUGAUAAUGAAAGUGAAGCGUCCUACACAUGGUUUUUGCAAACGCUUCGUACCAAAAUUUAUAAUGCUUAUGGUUGCUUACCAGAUGUUUUCAUGUCCGAUAGAGACCAAGCAUUAAGAAAUGCUUCGUCUAAAGUAUUCCCGGAGUCUAAUAAGAUGCUAUGUGUUUGGCAUCUUCUUGAGCAAAAUUUGAAAGUUAAUUGCCGUAAGCUUUUUAAAAAUGAUGAAGACUACGAGAUGUUUAAAAAAGAGGUUGAAGCUCUAAGGUUUGCUGAAUGUGAAGAAGAAAUUCCUCAGUCUCUAAAUGCAAUUAAAAAGGCUGCUGAAAAGUCACACUCUCCAGAAAAGGUAGAAUCUUAUAUUCAGACAUGGAUGAAAGAUUCGAAAUUGUGGAUAUUAGCUUAUACUAAGCAAUUUUGUCAUAUGGGAAUAUCAACUACUGGUAGAUCUGAAUCAUCACAUAGCACAUUUAAAAGAGCAAUCGAGACAGCUAGUGAUCUGGAAAGUGUAUUUCGUCAAAUUGAUCAAGUAAUGCGUUUACAACAUCUAAAAUCAGCAAUACGUAUGGGCUCCAACAAAGUUGCGAUUGAUCCAUUUACUCUUCGUAAUCCUAUAUUUAGUGAACUAAUUGGAAAAGUAUCAACAUGGGCAAUUAAUCAAAUAAAAAAAACUAUUCAAAAAAAAAAGGAUACGGAUAAUAAUAUUGAAGAUUGUGAAUGCUUGAUUAAAAUUAAUUAUAAACUGCCUUGUCAACAUAUGAUUCCGGCACACGGUCCAAUUCCUUUGUCAAUAAUUAACAAGAGGUGGCUACUUGAAAGACCAGAUAUUAUAGAACUUCCACGCCCCUCUAAGUCGGCUAUUAUUGAUUCAGAGUUUUAUACCACUUUUGUUAAUGCCGAAGAGAAGUUUCAGCAAUUGCCUGACAAUAUUGCAAAGAACGAAUUUAUUACAAAAAUUCAACAAGUAAUGAAUGAGCCAUUAUCUGAGCCCAUCAAGUUUCCCCCCAAAAAGGUAUCUAAGUCAAGUACUAAGCGAGAAUCACUUCUUAGCGAGAAACAAGAUGCUGCUGCAAAAAAGAAAAAGAAAAUGCUGGACAGUAUAAUGAAGCCCAAAAAUAAAACUGUUCAGCAACAAAAGAUACCUUUAAACCAAACUUCUAUUACCUCUCAAUCCUCUAGUUAUAAGCUAUAUGAAGCGAAUCUUCCAAAAUUUAUGCGAGAACAUGUUUCGGCAUAUUUCAAUGUUGUGGGUGAUGGUAAUUGCGGCUUUCGUGCUGUUGCUGUGUCAAUUGAAAAAAAUGAAGAAUACUGGCCAAAUAUUCGAAAACUUAUCUAUAAUGAACUCUGCACUCGCAAGUCUCAUUAUAUUCAACUGUUUUUAGAAAAAGAAAAAGAAUAUAAUGAUAUAUUAUUUACGACACAAUGGGAGGCUGGUUCUUGUGGUAAAGAACAUUGGAUGUCGAUGCCAUCAUUUGGAUAUGUUAUCGCGAACACAUUUCAACGACCUGUUCAUUAUUUCAGUAAAUAUAUCUCUCUUACAUUUCUUCCUGAUAACACAUCAUUAAAUCGAAAUAUAUCAAUUGCUUUCAUUUAUGUUCUUGAAAGCCAGCAUUUUGUAGCUAUAAAACUCAAGCCAAAUGUUCCAGUUCCUCCUAUUGCAAAUGGUUGGGAAAAGAUAUGUGCUAAAUCUUGUAAGAUAUGGGAAAAUUUGUUCUUAGAAAGAAUAGCUCGUUUUAAGAAAGAAUAUGAAGAUGAAUACAGAUACUUACAAAAAGAAAAUUUAGAAUAUGAUAGUGCAAUUGAAGUUUAA